CUGAAACUUGUGGAUCACCAUCUCAUCAAGACCACGCAAAGACAGAUAUAUCUAAAAGUGAGAGUGAAUAUGGCACAACUGUUUAUUAAGCAGGCAAAGCAGUAUUCUGUUGGUAGGCCUAGUUACCCUCAAGAGCUCUUCCAUUUCAUUGCAUCCAAGACCCUUUCCCAUGACCUUGCAUGGGAUGUUGGCACUGGAAGCGGCCAAGCUGCCAAAUCUGUUCCCCGUUUAUUCUUGAAAUAUUGUAGUUCUAACACAAAAGCUUCAUUACCUGAUCAGCUGGCCAAUAUCUACAAGAAUGUGGUAGCCACUGACACAAGCCCAAAGCAACUGGAAUUUGCAGCCAAGCUACCAAACAUAAGGUACCAGUGCACUCCCCCCAGCAUGUCCAUGGCUGAACUCCAGGACAACGUUGGAUCAGAAUCCAGCUUUGAUUUGGUAACUAUAGCCCAAGCCAUGCACUGGUUCGAUCUGCCCACAUUCUAUCAACAAGUUAAAUGGGUUCUAAAGAAGCCUAAUGGAAUUAUUGCUGCAUGGUGUUACACUGUCCCAGAAGUUAACCCUACUGUUGACUCAUUGUUCAAUAGAUUUUACACCAUUGAUGCCGGUCCAUACUGGGAAUCACCCCGCGCAUUGGUUGACCAGAAAUAUGAAACCAUCCAUUUCCCAUUUGAGCCAGUUGAUGGACUUGAGCACAAUGGACCCUUCCGAUUUAGUUCAGAGAAAGUGAUGGACUUGGAGAGCUACUUCACAUACUUGAGGUCAUGGUCUGCUUACCAGACUGCUAAAGAAAAGGGUGUGGAAUUGUUGACAGAGAAUGUGCUUGAGGAUUUCAAGAGGGCUUGGAAUGAAGAUGGCAAAUUCGAGAAGACUGUCAGCUUUCCUAUCUAUUUAAGGAUUGGAAAAGUUGGCUCAUCCAGUUGAGGGACAUAUCAGAUUCUGGUGAAUGCUACAGUGAGCAAUUCAACAUGUUAGGUAAGCCGAUGUGUUUCUACCUGCCUAGUGAUAGGUGUUUAGGCAUGACAUAUGCCCUUACGGUAAUAAAGCUGCAAUGUCUUGGUGAAUGUGAAAUUUCUGCAAAGACGCAAGUUUCUUGUUCUUAAGAGGUCAGGUUGGGUUGUUAAAGUAAAUGUUGGCACAUUCGCACAG